AUGCGCGCCGUGGCGAGCGGCGCGUUAGGGGCGGCGCCGCGGGCGCCGCCGUCGCGCCGUCGCGUCGCUCGGAACGUCGCGACAGAGCGAACGGGGGGCGUCGACGCGGAGAGGCGCGCGCGCGGGAUCGCGACCGCGGCGUCGUGCGCGUCGUCGUCGCCGUCGCGUCUCCGAGAGGGACGGGGCGACGACGGUGGACGCGUCCGCCGCGCGCGUUCGACGCGACGCGGACGGAACAACGCGAUCGUCGCGGCGACGAGCGGCGACGACGGCGACGGGAGCGGCGACGCGACGACGAAGCUCGCGACGUCCGCCGCGUCGUCGUCGCCGUCGUCGUCGCCGCCGUCGAACGGCGCGUCGUCGUCGUCGCCACACAAUCAAGCCUCGGCGGCGUCGCGCGUCGUCGAGUUCGUCGCCGCGUGGGACGCGCUGUCUCCCCGCAUCGCGGCCGCGUCCGCGAACGGCGAGCACGGCGUCCAAGGGGGCGACGCGAGCGCCGCGCAGGGCAACCGCGAGAUGCUCCUCUCGGCGCUCAAGCUCGCGAUCCCACGCCUGCAAAAGACGCAGCACGCGCACGACGCGGCGAAUGCCUCCUCCUCUUCAUCCUCAUCCUCCGAUCGCGACGGAUCCGUCGCCGCCUCCGACCUUCGCGGGGGCGCGUCCUUCUCUUCCGGAUCAUCGGUCGACGCGGACGUUGACGCGCCGAAACCGCCGCUCCGCCCGACGCACGAGCGCGCGGUGGAGGUCACGCUCGCGCUCGUCGACCUCGGCAUGGACGCCGAGUGCAUGUCCGCGGGGUUACUGCGAGAGGCGCUCGUGAGCGGCUCCGUCACGCUGGACGAGAUCGAGGCGUCGCUGGGGGCUGGGGUGAUGCGCCUCGCGCACGACUGCGCGCGGUUGCACGCGCUCCCGAGGCGCGUCGGGUCGUUCGACGACGCCAACGCGGAGAAACUCCGGACGUUUUGCCUCACGUUUCACGACGUGCGCGCGGUGGUGGUCGAGCUCGCGGCGGACGCGCUUCGGCACUCGAGUCGUCUCCCCAAGGUGAAGCGCACCGCGCUCGCGCUGGAGACGAUGCAGCUGUACGCGCCGAUGGCGCACGCGCUCGACGCCGGGCCGCUGUGCGCGGAACUGGAGGACCUGUCCCUGAAGGAGCUCUUCCCGUCGUCGUACCGCAGCCUAGAGCAGUGGCUUCGAGGGGAGGGCCCCGCGGAUCGCAUCGCGCUGGACCGCGCGAGGGAGUGGCUUUUCGACGCGCUCGUCGCGGACCCGGGGCUCAUGACGCUCGUGGGUGGUCCGCGCGGCGUGCAGGUGAAAGCGCGGCGGAAGAGUCUGUUCAGCACGAUGCGGAAGGUGUUGCGAGACGGGCGACCGAGGGAGGAGGUGCACGAUCUGCUCGGGAUGCGGGUGAUCGUGACGCCGCAGAUCGGGAGCCCGAGCUUCGCGGCGGCGGGCGGCGGCGCGAUCGAGCGCGCCGCCGCGGAGCGAAGCGCGCUCGCGGCGUGCUACCGCGCGCAGCAGAUCGCGCACGGGGUGUUCGACGUCGUGCCGGGGAGGACGAAGGAUUAUUUGCAGAGGCCCAAGCCGAACGGGUACCGGAGCUUGCACAGCACGCUGAAGCUGCCGACGGACUGGACCGACAACGGCGUUGGCGGCGUCGGCGGCGUAGGCGGCGGCGCGGAGGAGGGCGCGGAGGAGGAGGAGGACGCGAAGAAAGCGCGCGACGAUGACGCUUUUUCGCCGAGAUCGAAGGCUUCGGCUUCGGCUUCGGCUUCGGCUUCGGCUUUGGCUUCGGGUUCGGCUUCGGCUUCGGCUUCGGCUCGAGAGGGAAGGCGGGUGGAGCUCCAAAUCCGCACGGCGGCGAUGCACGCGGCGGCGGAGAUGGGCACCGCCGCGCACACGGCGUACAAGGGCGGGUUCAAGGAAGACCCCGGCGCCGCGGACGCGCUCGCGGAGCUCGUCGCGGCGGCGAACACGGCGGCGACGCAGCGGUUCGGAUCCUUCACGGAGAAGGGCCUUGCGUCGGAUGGGAAAAACGCGGACCCGGACGCGGACCGGAUGUUCCGCAUGUUCGACCUCGACGGCGAUGGCGUCGUCACGAGAGACGAGAUCAAGAGGGUGAUCAACGACGUGUGGUUGGCGGACGCGGAGGCGGUCGACGCCGACUCCACGACCGCGUCUGGUGGCGCGCAGAGCGAGAGCCUCGGCGCGGCGGACGAGCUCAUCGAGAUGCUGGACGCGAACAACGACGGAAGCGUCAGCGCGGAGGAGUUUACGCGGUUCCGCGCGAGCGUGAAGAUGUUCGGAUCGUUGCCCAGGGCGGACGCGGCGACCGCGGCGGCGAUCGAAGGCAGCUUCUCGAGCGUAGACGACGACAGUCUGGACGCGGAGGACGAGGACGAGGACGCGGACGUUUCGGCGGCGGACGUCGCGGAGAUUGUCAUCGACGCGGAGCUCGUCGUCGCGGACGCGGACGCGAGCGCGAGCGCGUUUGAGAUCGCCGCCGCGGCGCCUGACACGUCCACGCCCGCGACGACGACUAUCGCGACCGCGGCGGCGGCGGAGGCGGAGGCGGAGGCGAUGUCGCCGCCGCCGCUGCCGCCGCCGCCCCCCGCCGGCCGCGUCCGCGCCGCCGACGAGACCCUCCGCGACGCGUCCAAGGCGAUAAAAGACAAGAGCGGCGGCGUCGUGGAGUGGCAGCUCGUGUGGGAUCUCAUGCGCGCGGGUCGGCCGGAGACGGCGCGCGAGCUCUUCUAUCAGCGAACGUCCAAGACGCCGUCGAUCACGUCGCUGUGGGAGCAGUGGGCGCGGUUCGAGCUGCUGCAAGGAGACGCCGAGCGCGCGCGGGGGUUGUACCGCGCCGCGUUGUUGCACGCGGAGGGUCGACCGAGGGCGCGCGCGGAGUCGCUUCGGAAGUGGGCCGUCAUGGAAUUUGGCGCGGGCGAGCGCGUCAACGCGGCGGGGUUGUUCGAGCGCGCGAUGAACGUCCUCGAGGAAGCCGAGCGCGCCGCGCGCGUCGCGGAGGAGGGCGAGGAGGACUCUGGCGCGGAGGAGGAGCGAGAGGCGUCGUCUCUCUCGUCGUCGUCGUCGUCGUCGGGCGUAAAAUACGACGCGUCCGAGCCCGGCGGGAUCAUCGCCGCGCUCGACGACCCUGGUGCGACGGAGAGCAGCGCGUCGUUGCGCGCCGCGCAGGCGGUCGUCCUCCACGCGUGGUCGCAGACGAAGGCGCGGUCGGGCGAGGCUUUGGAGGCGAGGGCGCUCCUGUCCGACGCGGAGGCGAAGGACCCGUCCAACCCGCGAGUGAUUCACGCGCUCGCGCAGCUCGACGAAGCCGCCGGGGACGUGUUGAGAGCGCGGGAGAGGUACGAGCUCGCCGCGGCGAAUUUCCCGGGCGACGCGCACAUCGCGCUCUCGAGGGCGCGGCUCGAGCGCGUCGCGUUCGGCGACGUCGCCGCGGCGCGAGACAUCUUUUCCGCCGCGGCGGAGGAAAACCCGAAAAAUUACCGCGUGCUUCAGGCGUGGGCGGUGAUGGAGUCGGAAUCCGAAACGUCAACGACCGGCGCGGGCGGCGGCCUCGCGACCGCGCGGCAUCUCUUCAGACGCGCGACCGAGAUCGCGCCGUGGUCGUCGCAGACGUGGUCCGCGUGGGCCAACGCGGAGUGGCGCCGCGGCGAGGACGCGGAGUCGGCGCGCGCGCUGUACGCCGAGGGCCUCGACGUCGAGCCCACCAACGUCGUGCUCCUUCGCGGGCUCGGGAAGCUCGAGCGCGAGACGGGGCGCAUCGCGCAAGCCCGCGAUUACCUCACGCGCGCGGUGGACCUCGAGCCAAAGAACGCGCUGUGCGUGAAGGAGCUCGCGAAGCUCGAGGACGCCGCCGGGAACGCCGCGAGGGCGGCGCGGUACUUCAACGUCGCGAAAGAGCUCAAGCGCGACGAGAUGAAGGCGCUCGCGGCGACGAAGACCGCGGAGGUGCGGGGUAAGACCCUGAGCCAGCGCGGGAGAAAGGGCACGUGGGAUCCCGGCGAGGCGGCGGCCGCCGCUCGAGGCGCCGCCGCGGUGAGCGCGCUCAAGGGGGCGUCGUACAGCGCGUCCUACCGCGUCGCCGGCGGCGACGCCGGCGGCGGCGCGCAUAACUUUCGAUCCGUGCUCGCCGCCGCGCGGGGCGACGCGGCUGUCGCGCGGCGCGACCGCGGCGUCGAGGGCGGCGGCGGCGGCGGCGGCGUGUACCGUAGGCGGCGCGCGAACACGACGUGGCGGCGAAGCGACCGGAACGUGCCGCGCCCGGAGGGAUCCGUGGACGCGGACGAGGGAGAGUCGUCGUCGUCGUUCGAGGAAGACCUGCGGAACUUCCGCGGCGAGCGCGUGUACAAGGCGCGCGGCGGGAUCGGGAGCUCGCUCGACGGCCGCGGCCGCGGGGGCAUCGGGAGCUCGCUCGACGCCGGCCGCGGUGCGCGCGGCGGGCGGUCGUCGUCGAACUCGAACUCGAACUCUCGCGGCGGGAUCGGGAGCAGCCUGGACGGUUCCGUCGACGCGUCCGGAUCCGUCGACGGCAGCAUGGACGAUCUGUACCGAUCGUACGUCCUGGGCGACGCGGCGGCAGACCGGUGGGACGACGACGACGAGAGAGGGGACUCGCUGGACGAUGAGCUCAGGCAGAGCUGGCUGAAGGACUCGGGGUAUUACAGCGUGGACGAGACGAUCGACGAUCGGUGA